AUGGUAGCAUCACCUAUUAUCACUGUUUCAGGCCACGCGCUCCUCAAUAAGUUCGCUAUCGGCCUAGCAGGUGAAGCUGGGACAUGGGUCUUCAAACGGAUUCUGCACUCAGCCUCGGGCGGUAGUGAUACCGACAAAAUUCGACGAGACAUCUCCGGGGCCGUCACAAAAAUGAAGGAACUGAAGCGGACUAUAGACACUCUAUCACGAGAGCUUCCUGAGGCUCUCCUCCAACUACGAAGUGACAACCUGAGAGAGUCUCUUACCAAGAUAGAGACUAUGUACGACACGAUUACCGACCUGAUGGAAACGGCUGUCACUCUCCCUGAGGAUAUGUCGGAUGUGGAGCGAGAUAAAAGGCUCAAUUCUAUUCAGACUCGCUUAGAAGAUCGCCUUAGGAUGUUUUCUAACGACAUACCCGGUAUUCUUGAUCGCAUCAACGAUUUCCUUGCAGAGGACGGACCAAGGUCUUUUCUCCGUCAGGCCGUCCAGAAAGCCUUCGACAACUCUGAUGAAUUCAUUAGUUAUUACGAAAAGAGCAAAACCUCGAUGCUGAGCUACUGGGUUGUAGUUGCCAAGGGCAUUUCUCUUUUGCAAAUGGCUUACGAUGCUCCAAACGUGGAUUUUUCCGAGGGCAUGCUCACAAUCCGACGCCAGAAGGACAAGCUCGAUAGGCAAGAUCAGAUUUUCAAAGCAGUUGUUGGAGAAAAUACUGUCCGACUGGUCGAAUGUGCUCUCUCGAGCCCUUCGUCUACCCAUGUCACGCUCCUAUCUGAUGAGGGUUUCGCGAUCGGUCACAAAUUGCCAAGUAACGGUGAUAUUUCCUCGCUGUCCAUAUGGCCAGGGCAACUUAUACCUAUCCAUCGAAAAUCAAACGAUCCAGUUGGAGACAAGAUCGCAUCGAGGUGGGAUAUGCAAUUGGGGUGUGGAGACGGGGCUGACCUCAGACAUGCCGUUAAUUUCGCACACUUCAGCUCUGGACGGUGGCUCCAGAAUACCAACAUGGGUCUCCAUCUCCAAUUAAUGAACUUCUUACCUGGACUCGAAGAAGUUGGCGACCGCGGUUUGACUGCUCUGGAUCGCAUUUAG